UUCGUCUUGUCACGCUGGUUUCGUGCCUUUCUUCCUUAGGAAGAUCACAUUAUUUUUUUAAAAUUAUAAUAAUUAUAAACAGUUUCAGAUUAAGUCGUUUACCCAUACAAGUGGUUCACUACAAACGGAGAGAUGGCUGCGUUAAGUAACGGACAAGUUACCAACGGCAUCGCCGAAAAAGUUUACUCUAUUCGUGUUGCUAAUUUGCCUCCAACUUUAGAAGAGGAUGCUAUCAAGUUAAUGUUUGAAAAGUAUGGGAAAGUUGUAGCUAUUAUAGUAUUUCCCAAGAAAAAUCAUACACAGGAGGCCUUCAUUUCAUAUGGAAAGUAUGUAGAAGCAGAGACUGCCAUCAAUGAGAUGGACAAAGUACCACCUUUGAGCUUGCAAGUUGAAUUCAAAGACAAAGAUUUAAUGGCAAAAUCUUAUCAAGAAGAAAUUAAAAUUCAAUUGGAUAAGCCUUACCAUGAUUAUCGAUUCCAAAAAAGCCAUAUAGAUGAUCAAUUACAUAUAAAAAAGGCCAUUGGCAUGGGUAAACCAAAAUGUACACCUUCAUCUUAUCAAGUGAGUAACUACACACCCGAUGAUGAACUGCUUUGUCCAGUUCCAUCAGAUCCGUCAAUGUAUAACCCUUAUGAACAACCUGGAGUUCACAAAGAUCUCAACCUCAUGUAUAUCAGAGGGUUAGCACAGCUUAUGAAAGAUGGUCGCAGACGCAUUGAUCCUUCAGGCAGAGGCUACAUAUUUUAUGAUUUACCAGAGCCACAUCAUAAUAUUGACGAAUUAGUUGCAAAUGUCUGUGAGAAAAGAGAUUUUGGUUAUUAUGAAUAUGCUCCAGAUGAUAUAAAUGAUGACACAGGUAUUUGCCAGGUAUGUUCUUCUCCAACAGCAUUUAGAUGUCAGAAAUGCUGCUUAGUGUUUUACUGUGGCAGACCUUGCCAAAUAAAAGAUUGGCUUCAGCACAAGAUAGAUUGCCAAGCUAUUCCUAAAUUAGUGAAGAAGAUUACUUUGCAAAAUGGACAUGAAUCACCUAAGCAGAAUGAUUAUCAAGCAUCAGUAAAAAGUAGUUACGAAGCAUCACCGUCGAAUAGUUGUGAAGAACAACCAAAGAUUCACAUGGAUGCACAACAAAGAGAAACAAAGCCGCAGCUUCGUCGUCCAAAAUCAACAUCACAGUGCAAACAACAAUCGCCACCUAACGCUCAUCAAGAGAAGGCUAGGUCAAAAAGUCCAGCAAGUGUAAAAAGUCAUGCAAGCAGCCAACGCAGUACCAAUAUAAACCAUAAGACUUCUCUUGGAGACUUUAAAGUCGAGUCAACAAGUUUCUCCUUGAAACAGUCUAAACCAGUAGCGGUCAAAUCUACCCAAUCUGACGAUGGCAUCACCUUCACGGCGCCUAAAAAUUGGUUUAUAUCUAAAGACAAAUUUGAACGAGUGGUUGUUAAUACUGUAAUGAAGAAGGAUGAAUACUGGGUCCAAAAGGUGGAAGCUUGCGAUAUUAUCGAAAAACUUAUGGAGAAGCUUAAAGCAUUCGCAAAAACUAAACGCCUUAUCGAGCCUUCUCCGAAUCUGAAAUGCAUCCUUGAACACGAAGAAGCUUGGUAUAGAACCAUUAUAAACACCGUUCACGAUGAUCACAUCACGGCUUUCUUCGUCGAUUUCGGAACCUUCGCUUCUGUCAAAGUCAAGAGAGUUGUUCCAAUCGACGAUUUCGAAGAUAUUCCAACACAAGCUCGAAGAAUCCGUUUUGUUGAAAAUACAGACCCCAAACUCAUGAAUUUUCAAAUUGGCGAAACAAUGUAUAUCAAGGCAGUAACAAUUUCAGACACUGGUGUCUUUAUUGUUCAAGUUAAGGAAGAUCCAGAAAAUACAAACCCCAAAGCUUCACCAGAAGAAGCAGCUCCGAUAUCUUCCAACGCAUCAGUUUGUGCGACGCCUAAACAGUUAUCUCCUAGGCAAAUUGCGCUAGAAAAAAUUGCAAGCUUUCCUAACGUCUUAAGCAAUUUGGAAGUUGGUCAGGAAGGUGUAAUAAUGUUACACGCGCUACUCGGCAACAACGAAAUGAACGUUAGCCUUAUCCUUUCCGGACCUUGUUGGAAUCAGUUUAUGUCAUUGGUAGGAGAGCUAGGUGAUGCUUGUACGUCACAAUUUGCGAAGAAUCCUGAUUAUGAACCUCUCGUUGGUGAAUUUAUAUGUGGUGAACAAGCCGAAAAUGAAUGGUACAGAGGAAUUGUGAUAAGCUUAAAUCCUGUUAAAUUGGCGGUAGUAGACGAAGCUAGAGUAUUUGUUCCUGCUAAGUGUACACCUAUGCCAAAGGGUUAUCACGAUUUUAAUGGUUUCGGCUUGUUGGCUAAAGAGAUCACACCCCCAUGUGCUGGGCUAGCUGGCAAAACUGGAGAUUUCAAAGUACUUAGAGUUUCCGAAUCCAAAGAUUCAGCAGUAAUAUCAUUAAGUGUGAAAGACCCAGAAGAUGCCCCGACUUUCAUUUACACUGGUGAAACUACAGUGUCUGCGUGGACACCUAAACCUGAGCAAAAAGGCAUACAAUGGGCCAAACUUACAAGUGGUCGUGAAGUACAGAUUAUAGAAGCUUUUACUCACAACUUAAUUUAUGUGCACAGCAUGGAGACAGAGGAAGCAGAACGUCGACAUCGCCUUGAGCAAGAGAUCGCUAAAUGCGCUCUGAAUCGGAAACCUCUCCGAGAUCUGCCAGUUGUUGGUCAACUUGUAAUGGCUUAUUACGAGAAUGACGGCAAUUAUUAUCGAGCCUAUGUAGUGAGGGUUGAAAACAAAACUAACAUUCAAAUCAAAUAUGUCGAUUACGGCAACGAGGCAAACGUCAAAUUCGAACAAUUGUUUGAGUUGCCAGACGAUUUAAAAGAGGAAAGAGCAUGUGCGGCCAGAAUCAAAUUGAAAGACGUAGACGAUAAUAUUCCGAUGACAGAACAGGCAAUGUCGUACUUGAGUGAACUGAUAGCUCACGAAGUUGCUUUGACGUGUAUAUUUACUGGCAAUCCGUGGCAGGUUGGAGUUGUUUUAAAAACUCCGAAAAAUGAAAAUGUCAAUGAAUUAUUGUCAUCCUACCUAAAACCUACUUGGCAGCAAAAUAAUAAUGAAACAAUUAUCGAUAAACCAAUAUAUCUUAUAAAUCAGUUACCAUCUUUGAAGAUAGGCGACGUGGGUGAUCAGAUUCAAGCGAUUGUACUCUGCUUUUAUGAAGACCCUCCUAGCUUGAUGUUAGCUCCUAAUGAUGAAACUAUUAUCCAAGCCAUACAAGUAGAUAUGGUUGAAAGGAUACAAGAGUACGUCAAAAAUACUCCGGAUCAUUACAUACCAAGAGAAAGAGAGCUAUGCAUUGCUUUGUAUGAUGGUGUCUACUAUCGAGCAGUUUGUAUGCACUCAAGUGCAACUCCAACGACAAGUCGUGUUACAUUCAUCGAUUAUGGAAACACAGAAUGUGUCCAACAUAAAGACAUUCGUAUGAUGACGGAUGAUUUUAUGAGCAUGGGACCUUUGACAACUUUUUGUAGUCUCUCACAUAUGAUACCUAGUGAAAAAUUGACUUCAGCAGUAACUAAGAGAUUAAGUGAGCUUUUACCCGUAAACGAGCUGAUAACAAUCAAGAUUAUCUCGGAAGACAACGAAGAUGGAACACCCUACAUCGACAUUCCUGAAAUUCAUAUAAAAUUAAUGGAAGAAAAACUGCUCUAAGUUUUAUUUAUUUAACGAGAGUAGUUUAUAUUUUGACAUAGAUUUUUAGUUUUUUAGCACGUAAUGACUCGAAGCUUAUAAAAAAAAACUUUUUUUAUUUUUCUAUGAUAAUAAUGAAAGAAACAAAUUGAAGGUAUUACAGAUUUAGAGUCCAAGAAAAUGUUAAUCAUUGAGAAUUUUAUUAUUCUGACAAAAACUUGUGUCGAUUAUGUUGAGUUACCUUUUUUUAAGGAUCCACAUCGUUUUAAGGAAAAAGUUGAAAUACGACUACUAUAUUAAUAGUUUUUAAGUCGUAUAAAUCUUUGUACUUUGUACUUUUAUAUUAUAAUUGCUUUUUUAUAAGACGCAUUGCCAUAUUUUUGUUGGAAUAGAAAUGAAAAAACAAAAAACUGAUUUUAGAAAUAAAAACAUUUUUAUGAAUCUUAAUGUUAAUGCUUACAAAAUAACUUGUAAGUUCCGAAAA